AUGGCCAUUCUACGCCGCCUAAGCAUAGUAUUAAUAUAUAUUGGCCUUAUCGUUAGGCCCUCGCAAGCGAGGAUCAGUACCUCAGGCACCGAGCUUCGAGGGACUGAAUUCGCGGUGAACGCUGGUCUCGGCUUGAGGGCAAUAAUGAUAGAGGCGCAUGGAGUGUUCUUGGAGUCGUGA